AUGGCUUCUGAACCUGCUCAAUCGCCUCAGGCCACGACAGAAGAUCUACGGGCUGCUAACCGCGACAAAUUUGAGCUUGAACUAGAAUUCGUGCAGUCGCUGGCAAACCCAUACUACCUCCGUUCUCUCGCACAGGAGAAUAUUCUUGACCAACCUGCAUUCGUUAACUAUUUGGAGUAUCUCAUGUACUGGAAAGAGAAGGAUUAUGCCCGGUUCAUACGCUACCCUCACGCACUGCACCAUCUUGACUUGCUCCAACAUGCCCGAUUCAGGUCAGAAAUGAAGAAAGACGAAUGGCGCGAAUAUCUCAGCCAAAUGCAGUAUGACCACUGGCGAACAUGGCGAGAUUACCCAGGGAUUAGUACUACUGGUAUCGCCUCCACUGACCCUCAAGAAACCGGUGUGCAAUCACAACAGAAUGCUCCUUUUGGGUGACAUGGUAUACCGGAAGUCUUGGCAGAAGUUUAGGGCGCUUUGGUAAACGAAAGUAACCAUGAAAUGAAGCGUUGCCAAAUACACAGACUUGUCGCUUGACACAAGGAGUUACUUGUAUACUCAGGCUCUAUGUCGCGACAUAUGAUAUAGUUCAGUAGAUAGACCCUUCUGGAUGUCUUCCGAAAAUCGAAAAUUCCCACGUCUGUUAAACACUUC